AUGGCUACUGCAGACGCGUUGAUUGCAAGUCUUCAGGACAUCAACGGGGAGAGCUUCGCGGAUAAGGCGGAGAGGAUACGAGCCAGAGAUGCAUUGUAUGAUGCGUUGAGAAAAGUCCAGACGCCGUGGGAUAUCGCGUGGGAUCACAUCGUGGUCAAGGGCGGCGGGAACGCGGCGAUCAAGACGCUCAUCGACGCUGGCGUAUUCAAACAGUGGCACGAGGCUGGUGGUAAACCCAUUACCUGUACCAAGCUCUCAAAGCUGACCGGCGCCGACGAGCACCUCAUCCGUACGUCAAGAACAUCCAAGACCCCGUUCAGCCAUGAGAAACAGACUGACCUGGUAAAAACAGGCCGCAUGAUGAGGGCAAUAGCAGGCCAACGCCUCGUCAUAGAAACAGACCUCGACACCUACGCCCGCACGCCCUGGGCCCAGGCCCUCGGCGAAGACGCGCCUCUGCCGGCCAUGUACGGCGGCUUCUACGGCGAGCUGACGAACCCAAUGUUCCGCUCGCUGCCGUACUACCUCAAGCAGAACGGGUACCGGAACCCGACGGACAAGAACGACUGUAACUUCCAGCACUGGCGCGGGCCCGACGCCGUCUUCUUCAAGUACGUCGGCACGAACCCGCUGCUAACGUCCGACUUCAAUGAUGUCAUGGAGUGCCAUUCGCGGGAUAACCUCACGGCGUGGACCGAGGUGUAUCCCACGCACAAGAUCAUCGAGGGGGCGAUCCCAGAGAGGCCGUUGGUUGUUGAUAUCGGCGGCGGGAAGGGCCAUGAUUUGAGGAAAUUUCAUGUUCGGCACCCACAGGUUCCCGCGCGGCAUCUCAUCCUGCAGGACUUGCCCGAUUUUCUGAAGGAUGUCAAGCCCGAUUCUGCCUUCACGAUCCAGGCGCACGACUUCUUUACGCCACAGCCGCUGCGCGGGGCGAGAGCGUACUUCUUGCAUAACGUGCUGCACGACUGGCCUGACGCCACGGCGGUGGAUAUCCUCAAGAAUAUCGCGAGCGCCAUGGAGAGGGGUUACUCGAGGCUGUUGAUCCACGAGAGCUUGAUCAGCGAGAGGGCGCCGCUUUCGAAGGUGACAGCAACGGAUAUGAUUAUGAUGGCGGGGCUGGCGUCGGCCGAGAGGACGGAGGAGCAGUGGCGGGAGUUGAUUGCGGCGGCGGGACUGCGGGUUGUAAAGAUUUGGAGGCCGGUGCAAGCGGUUGAGAGUGUUAUCGAGACGGAGUUGGCUUGA